GUUCAGUUCAGUCUUAGAAUUUUAGCUAGUCGUGUGCGUGGCUUAAGACAAGUCAUUUCACUCGGCGGCCAUAUUUUAAACGCCUCUAGGGGCAUUCAAGUGCAGCUCCUAUCUCUUUAAAUGGGGAAACAUCAAAUUCUCCAAAGCUGUUUGCCAAGCUUUUGAUUAAAUUUCAUAUUUGAAAUCGCCGAAGAAAUCUGACAACUGCCUCAUAAAUUUUGUUUCUAAAUGCUCGAAUCAUGACAAAAAAACAACAACUGUAUUUUUCAGGCUAGAUCAAUGCGCAGUCCUAAAUGCGCGUUUCACAUCUCAUUUCAGAGGCGCGCGAUAUCUAACGGCCGCUGCAGUGAUGCGAUGACUUUACCAAUCGGUGAUUGCCUCUUAUUUAGAAGGCGGGACUUAUUCCGCAAUAUUGCGCAUUGACGUGUUAUUCUAAUAGUCUUUGGUAGAACAUUGCUUAAUAAACUAAUACUGCAGUCUCCAUAGCAACAUUACCACACAAUGGUUCUCAAUCAAACUUUACAGUAUUUUGGUACAGAUUCAUCUGUCACUUGGUAAUGUGGUUCAUAUUUAUCUGCUCAAGUAUCAGAUAAAUCUGCUCAAUCAGUAUCUCCUCAAUUUGUCUUAGGCUGAUGAAUCACAAACCUGUCCAUUUCAUAGAAGAUUUAGCUCCACCUUCACAGAGCAGCAGUUAGGAAAACACAAACAUCAUAAUGAAUGCUGAAGAAGACACUAAUUAUCACAACACUUGUGAUGGAAAGAAAAGUGUUCAGCGGGAGAGAUCACAUUCACCUGUCCCCAGUGUUUUAUCCAUGAAGAGUGACAAAUCAAUGAAAAUGCCAAUUCAUUUGAAAAAUGGAGAGUCUCUGUUUGAUCAGAGUUCUUUGGAGAGAUCAGAUUCACCUGUCCCCAGUGUUCUAUCCAUGAAGAGUGACAAAUCAAUGAAAAUGCCAAUUCACGGUUCUCUGUUUGAUCAGAGUUCUUUGGCAAGAUCACAUUCCCCUGAUCCCAUUGUUUUGUCCCUGAAAAGUGACCAAUCAAGGAAAAUACCAAUUUAUUUAAAUGGUGGAAUUUCUCUGUUUGAGCAAAGACAUGAUGCUCAAACUCCUGAUCCAGAGAUCCACCAAAAAUUAAAAUCUGACAUGAAAAUGAAGCAUCAGUACAUUUUUGAAGGCCUGGCAAAGCAAAGAAACCCAACACUCCUGAAUGAGAUCUACACCGAUCUCUACAUCACAGAGGGUGAGAAUGGAGAGAUCAGUAAUGAGCAUGAAAUUAAAAGGAUUGAAAAAACAUUAAAGACUGCAGAAGGAGCAACAAUACCAAUCAAAUGCAACGACAUCUUUAGACAUUUACCUGGACAAGACAAACCCAUCAGAACUGUGCUGACAAAGGGAGUCGCUGGCAUUGGAAAAACAGUCUCUGUGCAGAAGUUCAUCCUGGACUGGGCUGAAGGGAAAGAGAAUCAGGACGUCCAGCUCAUAUUUCCACUUCCUUUCAGAGAGCUCAAUCUGAUGAAGGACAAAAUACUCAGUCUUUCUGAUCUUCUUCAUGUCUUUUUCCCUGAAACAAAAGAAAUGGAAAUAUCCAGUGACAAAAAUAAAGUGUUGUUCAUCUUUGAUGGUCUGGACGAGUGUCGUCUGUCUCUGGAUUUUCAGAGCGAUGUGAGGUUGUGUGAUGUAAGUGAAUCAGCCUCAGUGGAGGUGCUGCUGAUGAACCUCAUUGCAGGGAAUCUGCUUCCCUCUGCUCUCAUCUGGAUCACCUCCAGACCAGCAGCAGCUGAUCUCGUCCCCUCUGAGUGUGUCCAUCGAGUGACAGAGGUACGAGGCUUCAAUGAGCCACAGAAGGAGGAAUACUUCAGGAAGAGAAUCAGUGAUCAGAGUCUGGCCAAUACAAUCAUCUCACACCUGAAGUCAUCAAGGAGCCUCGACAUCAUGUGCCACAUCCCAGUGUUCUGCUGGAUCUCAGCCACUGUUCUAGAGAAGAUGUUGAGCGAAGCAGAGAGUGGAGAGAUUCCCAAGACUCUCACUCAAAUGUAUACACACUUCCUGAUGGCUCAGAUUAGCAUCAAAAACACAAAGUAUACUGAAAAGGAAGACAAAGAUAAAGAAAUGAUUUUCAAACUGGGGAAACUGGCAUACGAGCAACUGGAAAGAGGCAAUGUGAUCUUCUAUGAGGAAGACCUGAGAGAGUGUGGCAUUGAUGUGACAGAAGCAUCAGUGUACUCAGGAUUGUGCACUCAGAUCUUCAGAGAGGAGUUUGGCUGGUAUCAGGGGAAAGUCUUCUGCUUUGUUCAUCUGAGCAUUCAGGAACAUCUAGCGGCUUUAUAUGUGCAUCUCUCCUUCCACAACAGUGGCAAAAAUGUGCUUGUAGAAGGUGAAGUAAAAGAAUCAGAAAUUAAUGUGACAGUGCCAAUCAUACUCAAAUGUGCAGUUAAUAAAACUUUAGAAAGUAAAAAUGGACAUCUUGAUCUCUUUCUUCGCUUUCUCAUGGGACUUUCGAUGGAGUCAAAUCAGGGUCUCCUAGAAAGAUUUUUUAAGAAAAGAACAAUCAUUCCCCAGGGCACAAUGGAAACUACUGAGUAUCUCAAGGAAAAGAUAAAAACCUGUUGUCCAGAAAAGAGUAUCCUUCUGUUCCACUGUUUAAAUGAACUCAAUGAUCAGUCUCUAAAUGAUGAAAUCCAAAAGUACAUUAUCUCAGGAAAAGUUGAAGACAUCCGGUCCCAAGAACUUGGUUUUGCUCUAUUGUUCAUUAUAAUGACAUCAGAUGAGAAGUUUGAUGAGUUUGAACUACGUAAAUAUGGUAGAUCAGAUGCAUUACUUAUCUGGCUAUAUCCUGUGAUCAAGCUGUCUACAAAGGCCCGGCUGCAUGACUGUAAUAUCACAGAAGUAGGCUGUAUAAUGCUGUCUACGCUGCUUUCAUCAAAAUCCAGUGUGAGAGAGCUGGAUCUGAGUCACAACAACCUGCAGGACUCAGGAGUAGAAAUACUCAGUGUUGGAGCAAAGAAAUCAUGCUACGCUGCACCAAUAAUGAAGAAAUGGUUCCGCAUAAAUCCAAAUGAUCCAAACAAUCAGCAAGAGUAUGAAGCUUUUAUAAGUCUCACUGCUGGACUACAGGACACAGAGUGCAGACUGCAAUCUUUAAAUCUGAAGAACUGUGGAGUAACAGAAGCAGGCUGUGUUUUCCUGAGCUCAGCUUUGAGUUUAAAUCCUUCACAACUGAAAGUGCUGGACUUGAGCUGGAACGACAUAAGAGAUUCAGGAGUGAAACAUCUCUGUGCUUCUCUGGAGAAAGUUCAGUGUGCACUGGAAAUACUGAAUACUAAAACAGAUUCAAACCUGAAAGAACUCUCUCUAAGAAACAAUGAGCUCCAAGACUCCGGUGUGAUGCUGUUCUCUGUUGGACUGCAUCAUCCUCGCUGUAAACUGGAGAUCCUGAGGCUUUCAUGCUGCAAAUUUAAAACAGAAGGCUGUGGAUCUCUUACUUCAGCUCUGAGGUCAAACACUCAUCUGAGAGAGCUGGACCUGGGCAACAACAGACCUGGAGAUCAGGGAGUGGAGCUGCUGUCUGCAGUUCUUCAUGAUCCAAACUGUAGACUGAAAACACUGAGGUUGGAAAAAUGUGGAAUAACAGUGAAAAGUUGCACUGCUCUGGCUUCAGCUCUCAGCUCAAAGACCUCCAGUCUGACAGAUCUGGAUCUGAGUAUUAAUGAUCUACAAGACUCGGGUGUGAAGAAGCUCUGUGUCGGACUGCAGAAUCCUCAUUGUAGACUAGAGAAGCUGAGGUUGUCCAACUGUAAUGUUACACAUGAAGGUGUGAUGGUACUGACCGAAGCUCUGAAAUCAAAUCCCAACCAGCUGCAAGAGCUUGAUCUGCUUGAGAAUGAUCUGGAAGAGUCAGACCUGAAUGUACUCUCCAUGAUACUGGACAAGUCAUCAUAAAAACAGAAGAAACAACACUAACACAAAUCUUUAGAAAGACACCUCUAGAAAGCAAUAUUUAAGCUUUGAUAGUCUAGAUAGGUUGUUUUCUGAAUUAUAUACACAUGUAUAUACAGUAUAUAUACAAUUUGUUUAAUAAACAUCAAGUAUACCACAUACAAACC